AUGUCAAAAGGUGUUUCUCAACCAUGGCUCAUAGUAGGAGAUUUUAAUGCUAUUCUUUCUACUAAAGACAAGUUAGAUAGAGUCCCUGUUACUAAUAAUGAAAUAAAAGAUUUUGCUGAAUGUUUGAGAGAUAUGGGAGUUAAUGAAUUGCAGUGGAAAGGUAACUACUAUACUUGGACUAACAAGCAGUGUGGGAGGGAUAGAAUAUCAAGUAGAAUUGAUAGAGCAUUUGGAAAUGAUGAAUGGAUGGACAAAUGGGGGCAUGUUAAUGUAGAAUAUGGGAAUCCAAGCAUAUCUGAUCAUAGUUCUAUGAUGAUUUUACUACAAAAAACUCAGCAGCAUGGGAAAUUUAGCUUUAAAUUUUUUAAUGUAUGGACUGAGCAUGAGGCUUUUAUGGAAAUGGUGGAAGCUAUAUGGAAAAAAGACUAUGGCAAUAGCAUAAUGAAGCAGGUUUGGUGUAAGUUGAUGGACCUUCAACAUGUACUAAAACAGUUGAAUAGAAAGGAGUUUAAAUACAUUGGGAAGCAGAUUGAGAUGGCUAGAUUGGAGAUUGCAAAAGUUCAAGAUCAACUAAAUGAACAAGCUACUGAUGAGCUAAUUGUGCAGGAAAAAGAGUUACUGAUUAAACAUGAAAAAUGGUCAAUGAUAGAAGAAAGUGCUUUGAGGCAGAAGACAAGGAUAAAAUGGAUCCAAUUAGGAGAUGCAAAUAAUAAGUUUUUCAGCUCAGUUAUAAAGGAGAGAACUCAAAAGAAACAAAUAAGAAAUAUUAUGUCUUUGAAUGGUAAGAUGUUAUAUGAUCCACAUGAGAUUCAGGAUGAGUUUGUGAUGUUCUAUAAGAGUCUCAUGGGAACUUCAGCAGGUAAGCUACCAGCUAUAAGUGCUCAAAUCAUUAAAGGGGAUAUCAUUGAGGCUGUUCAGAGUUUUUUCACAACAGGGAAACUGUACAAAGCAUUCAAUUGUACUUUAGUGUCUCUCAUUCCAAAAGUUCAGAAUCCUAAAACUGUGAUAGAGAAGCAUAUUUCUCCUAGAAGCAUGUUGAAGAUUGAUUUACAGAAAGCUUAUGAUUUAGUGGAAUGGCAUUCUUGGAGCAAAUGUGAAGCAGCUAAAGGAUUGAGACAAGGAGAUCCAAUGUCUCCUUUCUUGUUUGAUAUAGCUAUGGAGUAUCUUAGUAGAAAGAUAGACGUAAUAUCAUAA